AUGACUCAUGUAAAUUAUGGUAUAGGACCUUCCGCAAGUAAACGGAAAAAGAUGGAAGUGAACCUUCGCUACUUCCUCGCCUCCGUGUGUGAUUUGGAUCUCUUUGAAACAGAACAGCAAUUAGGAAUCAGAUAUCCAAAAACGCCUGAAGUUUUUUGUCUUCUAGAAAAGAUUAAACUGUCCAAAUUAUCUUCCCACGAUUUAAUCAAAGUUCAUCCAAAUGCCAUAUUGUCAGUGCUCAAGGAAAUCGCCACCGUGAUAUCACCUGUGUUUGCUUAUGAAGAAUUUGUUUGUAUCUCAGAAACGAUGCCAGAAGAAUUGCUUUGCGUAUACCUUAAAGGACUAUUGGAUUUUCUAUGCGACGAUCAGAUACUUACCCUCCAACUCAUUUGUCAAUCGCUCUUCAAACUGAUCAACAUCUCAAAAGCUAAAACCACCUCAUCCUUAACAGACGUCUUAAUAACAUUCACCCCUCUCUUUUUUCCCCAAUGUAGAACCACAAAAUCAUUCCUUUGUGCAACUAGAUCAGUGCUCAUGAUGAUUGAGAAGCCGGAACUUGCGUUUGGAGAGCACCUAAUAGAGAAAGGGGACCUCGAGAAUUUUCUAGAACUGAUUGAGUCUUUGGAAGACGACGAAGAAUUUGACAGUGGAAACGAAACGUCUUCGAUUACUGAUGAUAAUGAAGUAGAGAUUAACCUCAGUAAUCACGAUACUUCCCCCUUCUAUGUUUUAACGUUUGACAUUUGA